UCGCUUUCAGUCCGCCCAUCGGCCCACCUGUCUUCGCUCGCUCACUACCCUUCAGCGAUCGCCGAUUCCCCGAGGACAUCGGCCCCAACGCAAACAGCGGCGGAGAGCGUAGCCCAUUUGUUGUCAGUGUCUCCACUUCUUCUCUGCAACGCCAUGUCCUUGGGCCGUACAAGAGUCCCCCCGGGCUGUCCAGGUUCCGUAUCCCAGCCCGCCCAUCUCGCCUCAACUCCUGCCUACGUCUUACUCGCACCCUCGUUCAAGUCCCUCCUUAGCUCAUCACGCAGUCCCUCCAAGCUCGUACCCGCAAGACAAUACUUGAGAUGAUCUUCAAUACCAAGCUCGCGACUCUCGCCGCCCUUAUCGCUACGGUUGGUGUCCUCGGUGUACCCGCGCCGUGCAACGACCCCAGUCACUCGCACGAGCCCACGAGCACCAAGACUGUCGCAGUCACCUCGACGGCUACCUGGGGCGAGCACACUUCGUCCACCUGGGGAGAGCCUACGUCAUCCUCUACCUUCAGCUGGAGUGACAGCCACCACACCCACUGGCAUCACAAGUCAUCCUGGAGUUCCUCGCACACCACCUCCUCAACGCCACCCAAGGCUGCUUCGACUGUCGUUGCUACGAGCAGCGGCGCCGCGCCCACCACAGCCGGCUAUCCGACCAUUACCACGACGCUCACGGUCACCGCAACCCCUACCGGUGCUGCCGGCGCUGGUAGCUGUAAUGGGGGCUCGGUCCAGUGCUGCAACAGCGUGCAGAGCGCAUCGAGUCUUUCGCCCGCCCAGAACGCGACGAUGCACAACAGCUUCAGUCAGGGCGUCCUUGAGAAGUAUGGCCUCCUUGGUGCCGAAGCAGAUGGCAUUAAUGUGCCUGUCGGUGUCACCUGCUCGCCGCUCAACAUCAUCGGCGUUGGUGGUUCUACCUGCACUUCUUCGCCUGUGUGCUGCAAUGACAGCAGUGAGGGCGGUCUCAUCAACAUUGGCUGCAUCCCCAUCAUGCUCUCUCUUUGAGCUGCCGCGACACGACAUGGCAGCCUGCAAAGACAAGAAGGGCAGCUGACGCGAGUAACUGCCCUCGUACACCCCGGUUUGAUAUUGUCUCAGCUUUUCUUCUCCGUUUGUGACGUGAUUUGCCUCCUCGGGUUGCGGUGUUUGGGGAGCGACGAUGUAUUUGCAAGACUUCGGCUCGACGGCGUGCCGAGCAUCCUGUCCUUUCUCGCUUCUCGCUGUUUGGCGAUGUUGUACAUCUUCGUGCUAUACUUUUUUCGGUUUAAUAUCUCUGUGCGUUGUUGGACAGACCGGCGGGCGGGGCUUUUUUCGUAAUCGAAGCCGCAGCG